AUGCAUGAUAAUUGGCCUUCUGUAAUGUUUGCAAUGGCAGGAGGGGUGGUACUUAGCCUUGGAAAUCUCUCAACUCAGUAUGCUUGGGCUUUUGUUGGCUUAUCAGUCACAGAAGUGAUCACUGCAAGCAUAACAGUUAUUAUAGGAACAACCUUGAAUUACUUUUUAGACUAUAGAAUUAAUAGAGCCAAGAUCCUUUUCCCUGGCGUUGGCUGCUUCUUGGUUGCAGUUUGCCUUGCUUCUGUUGUCCACUCAUCUAAUGCAGGUGAUAAUAAAGAAAAGCUUGAAGGUUUUUCAUCUAAAGAAGGGUAUGUUUCCUUCAUUAAUACACAACAAUAUUUGGACGUUCAUCACCUGACAUUGAAAUCCAAACAUCUCAGAUUCUCUAUCACAUUUAAUAAUUAUAACUCUUACUACAGGUGUUUGGGAAAAGCACUCAUUGAACUGUCCAUAUGUUUCUUUGCUGGUGUUUGCUGUUUUCUAUUCUCACUAGCAUUCAACUUGGCAACAAAUGAUCAAUGGUAUACAUUGAAAGAUGGGGUUCCUCACUUGGUUGUCUACACUGCAUUCUUUUACUUCUCAAUAUCUUGUUUUGUGCUUGCUAUAAUCCUCAACAUCACAUUCCUUUACUACCCUGUGCUGGACUUACCCAAAUCAUCAUUCAAGGCUUAUAUGAAUGACUGGAAUGGCAGAGGAUGGGCCUUAAUUUCCAGUCUGCUCUGCGGGUUUGGCAAUGGUCUCCAAUUCAUGGGAGGCCAAGAUGCAGGGUAUGCUGCAGCUGAUGAUGUUCAGGCACUUCUACUAGUAAGCACUUUCUGGAGAAUUCUUUUGUUUGGAGAAUACAGAAAAUCAUCAAGAAGAACAUAUAUAUUGCUAGUAAGUAUGUUGUCUAUGUUUAUUGUGGCUGUUGUUGUUCUUAUGGCAUCAUCAGGGCAUCGAAAGUAG